AUGCUUGUCGGACCCAAGAAGGAUGCCUCACCUCACUCGAUGCUUGCCGAGAUGAGCAAAGUGCUCUCAACCGCACCAUUGCAUCGUCGCAGCUUUGUUGUUCUGGCUCUGCUCGUGUACUUGACGAUUACAUUUGUACAGCUCGUGAGCGAAGGCUUUCGGCGCAUGGGCUCGCUCUUGUCAUUUGCGCAGCCAAAGGAGCUCACAAUCCUCUCAAUUGUGCUCCAAUCACUCUCAUCGCUCAACGUCUCGAGUGCCAACCUCAACGGCAACACGCUUACACCCGAUGGUUCACUCAACGUCAACUUUGGAUUGACUCUCGGACCUGACGUCGGA